AUGUCCAUUACCAGCGACACAGAGUGGUUCCACGCAGUUGCCUCUGGCAACGUGCACCUUGUGGGCGCAUACGUUUCAAAAUAUGCCCAUACGCGAGAUGCAAACAACGAGACUGGGCUGAUGGUUGCGACUCGCGCGUCUGCGCUCCCCGUCAUCAGGAUCUUAGCCGAAUAUGAGGCGUGUUUGAUUAACAACGAUGGCUGUACAGCUUUGAUGCUUGCAGCUAUGUCAGAUAACGGGAAGCUCUGCAGAAUUUUGGCAGAGUAUGAAGCAGAUGCUGUAUUGCCGGACGGGAGAGACGCAUUGAUUCUGGCUGCACAGAUUGGAAAUUUAGAAGCUAUGCAUGAAUUGGUAAAGGUUUGCAACCUUAUACAAGACUGCAACCAACUAACUGCCCUAGAUCAUAGUACAAACGAAGGACACUUGGAUUGUGUCCGUGUCUUGAUCAGAUCUUAUGAGAUAACUUUGGAGGAGAUCAACUACUGCAUUGUUAUAGCAGAGGAGCGGCAUUAUACAGCCAUUUAUAACUAUCUUCAGAAGGUUCGGGACGGUGACAUGUCCGACGAUCCUUCAUUCUUUGACGCCACCUUCACACAUGAGACCAUCACAGGUGAUACAACCAUGGAGGAGCCCAGCCCGGGAGAUCACGCUGGCAGCUAUUACAGCAACACAAUGAAUGCAUCCAAUUUAACUGGAGGGAUCAAUGGAGUAAGCAAGGCCCGUCUAAUGAAACUAAUAGAAUCUUUACAGUGUGAAAUAGCAGAUCUCCGGCAGCAAAAUACAGACCAGCGGGACCAGUUGAUGAGAUACAUCGAGAAGAUCCCCACCACACCUCUUGCGCGGGAAACAAGUACCAGAAACAGUAGCAUUUGCUAUCCACACCGUGUUCUAGAUGAAGUAAAGUUCAACGUUGCCGCAGACGAGGAUCUGACGUCACCUUCUAUAGAUCUCUCCUACCACGUCGGUGAAAACCCGUUUAUGAUUAGCAGGGUUGUUUCCCAGGCCCCAGUAGAAGAUAUACUAGCUGAGAAAGAUGAAGAAAUCCGUAGGCUGCGGGCCAUUAAUGACGAUCUUCGUCUAACUAUCCAGAAUGCCAACUUUACAAAUUAUCAGAAUAACCAUCAUUCUAUUAGUCCCACAGAUAAUACUGGGCUUGAUUUAUCUGGGCGCCCAAUCGACUCCCCAGUGUUGCAGGAUCAUCACCCCCAGCCCUUGGCUAGAGACAACAUAGACUCUCCUGUCAAUCUCCACCAGCCUGCAGAAUUGUCCAAAGAGCUUGUAAGGAAGAUUUCUUUUUCUGCGUUCCAGCCAAUCUAUGGAGCACAAGCUAAUUCCUCAACGAGCUUUACCAUAUCUCCUUCUAUUAUAACUUCUAAGCGCGACGAUAGGUCUUACCAUCUUAAUUCUAACCAAAGUAAUAGUGGAACUAUCGGUCUAGAUGGCACUGGGACAUUUUUGCAUCAACAACGCAAGAGCAAGCCUCGGCCAUAUAGCGGACACUCUAGCAACACAGUCUUCAAUACAGAGCUCUCUCUGAAGCUGACACAGGUGCCUCCUCUCUUGAGUAAUACAUUUGGUGAACAACGCAAUGACCCUCUUUCAACAAGUACCGAACUAUGCCCGUCAAAUAAUUCUUCAUUUAUCAGCACACCCAAUCAAAUCAAUCACAGCUUUCUUCGUAGAAAGAAAGCCCUUCCCCAACGAACUCCCAGAAAAUCUAGCGAAACCAAUUACAAAGAAACUCGCUCUGUCAACUUCGAUUCUAACCGUACCUCAGAAGCCAUGGAUGCACCAGACAUAGAUAUGCCUGAUUUCCCCAUAGAAGCUGCAUCAAGCACAUUAGGGACUCGCAAAGGUGCACUGCGCAGGAAUAUUCGGCGCUCCGAAAGCUUUAGAGUUGAGUCACGCGACUCCUAUGAAGUAAGGAACGAUGCACUUGCGGAAAGGCCGAGAAUAUUUAGCGCUAACCCCAAGUUCAAAGCCCGUUCACGAACUCCUCGAAAUACAAUGUGCCUACGACCCAAGACAGAGGCGUCAGAGAUUUGUGUCUACGAAGACCUCGAUGAUAGUUUUGUUGAGUAUAUCCUGCCGUCAUAUGACAGAUUGCUUCGUGAAAAGAGCGAGGAGAUUGAGCGUCUUCGGGCUAUGGCUGAAGAGCUUGCAACCAAUCUGUCUUCUGCAUACCACCUACUCAGACUUAGUCAGGAAGCAACAACGUCAUUUAUUCACAACACUGCUAACAACUCCCAGCAUGGAAACGUGUAUAGCUUUCUACGGAUAUCACAGACGUCUCAGCCUACGGCAUCUGUUCAGCACCUCAAGCCUGCUGCUCCACGCGAGUCAGAAGCAGAUGGAUUCAUUAUUGGCGAUUAUUCUGUCUCCAUAAAGAGCGGUUUUAGUCCCUAUACGAGGCCUUUUUCAGAUUGUCAAGACAGGAAGUUGACCCAAAGUGCUGACGAAGGCAAAUCUUUGACAACCAACAUUUCAGCACAGGACCUGAACGAUUAUCUCAUAGCAAAUGGCCUGCGAGCAUACCUGACAGACCUUUCUAAUGACUUCAUAGAAAACGGCCAGUUUAAUCUGGCUACUGCUCUCCGAGAGCUUACCAAGCUUAAAUAUGCAAAGGCAGAAAGUCCAGCAAAGCGAUUUAGUGUAUAUAAAUCCCCUUCACAGUACGCUGCAGAAGGAGCCACCAAGCCAUCCUACGGGUCUCUGCCCUAUCCACCUCUACUAACAGCGGAAUUACCUGCGUCACCCCUCCCAAGUGGCCCCAAAGAUAUCACAACACCGUUGUCCACAGGACAGAUCAACCAUCUUAAGGAAGUGCGGCAAGAUCACGUGGCAAGUCGCUACACAACUCCCCUGAUGGUUGCGGUUAGUGAAAAGGACCUGGAUUGCGUUCUAGCUAAUAUGCAGUACGCAGGAAUAGUUAACGAUUUCGGAGAGACCGCCCUUAUGAUAGCAGUCGACCUUUCUUUCAUGGAUGCCGUCAGAGUGUUAGUGGACAAGGAGGCUGGAAUUGUUUCCGGAGCAGGUCUAACGGCUCUCCAGCUGGCACUCCAGACAAAUAACUUGAAAAUAGCAGAUCUUUUAAGAGAGAAGGAGGGCGUUUCCUCAGAUAACUUGAUCAUGGCACCUGGAAGGCAAACCGACCUGAUGUACGCCGCAGAAGACAAUAACUUGGUCAACGUGUACUGCUUCUCCCCUGUUCAGGCUAGGCUGCAAGACAUGAAUGGGAGGACUGCACUAAUGUACGCUGCAGCUGCGUCACGGUUUGAGGCAGCCAGGCUUUUAUACAAGUUGGAGUUCGGCAUGCGAGGAAAUAGAGGAGAAACUGCCCUUAUGGCCGCUGCUUAUGCAGGUAGCGGAUCAAUAGCACGUCUAUUAGUCUCAAAGGAGGCCAAAUGUAUGGGUUUCUACGAACCAGAGAUACCCGAGGAGCACAGUGCACUGAUGAUUGCCGCAUAUAAUGGCCAUGUUGCAUGUGUACGCAUACUAGCUCAGUUGGAGUAUAGCCUCGUGACACCCAGUGGGAACAGUGUCUUGACGUUUGCUGAGAGGCCAAAGCACACAGUACCGGAUGCGACGAAGCAUGAGGUAAUUUCCAUAUUGCAGGGGUACAUUAAGUAA